CUUAAACUAGGAACUGGUUGCCUAGUAUAUUUAACAGCUGCCUUGGAGCUGGGAGCAAUAUACGGUCAAGAUGCAUGGGGUGUUCUGCUUCUCUAAAAAUACAGGUACUGACACACAGACUUUCCUUCUCAUCACCUUCAUUUCCUGAGGUAGAUUUUUCUGGUCCUGAAUCCUUUCAGAUGUGAAGAUGUAUCCAGUGUUGAACAAAGUCCCAAACAAAAGUUAUUCCAAACCACUUCCCAUUGUUGUUAUAGGGAAUGGUCCUUCAGGAAUUUGCCUUUCCUACCUGCUGUCUGGUUAUAUCCCUUACAUCAAAAGGGGCUCUGUUCAUCCUCAUCCUAUCCUACAGAGGAAACUAGAGGAAACACCAGAAGUCUCCAUUAUAGACCAGGAUCUGGAGUACCUGUCUGAAGGUUUGGAGGGACGAUCCCAGAGCCCCGUGGCUCUUCUUUUUGACACUCUGCUGCGUCCCGAUACAGACUUUGGUGGAACUGCAGAAUCUGUCCUCACUUGGUGGCACAAGACCAACAGAGCCAUUCCCCAUCUGGUCCUUGGCAGAAACCCUCCUGGGGGUGCCUGGCAUUUUAUUGAGGGAUCUACGAUCACUUUGAGCCAAGGGGAAUGGAUGGGACUUCCAGACCUUCAGCUCAAAGACUGGAUGAGGAAAAAGAGGAGGGGCCUCAGGAAUAACAGAGCCACAGCAGAAGACAUUGCUCAGUAUUACCAACAUUAUGUGGCAAAGAAAGGGCUGCAGAAGAACUUUAUCUGUGGGAGUGUUGUGACAUCUGUGAGGAAAGUGAGCCCAGAUGUAAGCUCCAGCUAUGCACAGCAGGAUUCUGAGGGGAACAGUGACUCCUUCUGGGAUUUCCCCGAGAAAGAGAAGGAAGAUGACCCGAUUGCUAGUGGAAAUCUUUUCCAGGUGGAUGGAUUCAUCAAAAACAUUAAUGGUGGUCAGCAACCCUUCUCCAUCUAUGCAGAGAAUGUGGUUUUAGCCACUGGAACAUAUGACAGUCCAACCAACCUUGGAGUUAAUGGAGAGAACCUUCCUUUUGUCCAUCACAAACUCUCUGCCCUUGAAGAAGCAGUGAAGAACAAGAAGGUUAGCAUGACAUCAGAUCCAGUCUUGAUUGUAGGUGCCGGGCUGACAGCUGCUGAUGCAAUUCUCUUUGCUCACCAUUGCAACAUCCCAGUGAUCCACGCCUUUCGCAGAAGGGUCAACGAUCCAGGUCUCAUCUUCAAUCAGCUCCCCAAAAUGAUGUAUCCAGAGUACCACAAAGUCCACCAGAUGAUGAAAGAACAGUCAGUUGCUUGUCCCGGGCCAUAUGAAUGUUAUAUCAGCCUUCCUGAACAUCAUGUCCUGUCCUUCAGAGAGGACAAGAAGUGUGUCUUCCAGGAUAAGAGCGGUCACCAGAAAAUCUUUAACAUUUCUAUGGCUUUUGUUCUCAUUGGCUCAAACCCCAACCUCUCCUUCCUACCAAAUAAUGGCAUUGACUUGGCAAUUGACAGUGAGCAGCCAGUCAACUCCAAGAGGAACCCCAUCGACGUUGACCCAUUCACCUACCAAUGUGUUCAGGAGAAAGGGCUUUAUGCUGUGGGGCCAUUAGCUGGGGACAACUUUGUGCGUUUUGUGCAGGGAGGGGCUCUGGCUGUUGCCAGCUCUCUGUUAAAAAAAGCAAACAAAAAUCCUCCUUAACAAACAAAUUGCCCUAAGCCAAAAGCGUUCAAACGGGUGAUUCCUACUCUCUUUGAGAAGUAAGGCAUUUGAUAUGUGCACUUUCCCCUGCAGUACUCUCCAGGGCAGUUCAGAGUGACCAAACUCUCAGUGGGUUCAUUUGGGAAUGAUAAAUCAGCAAGUACAUGGUUUGGGAUUUAGAUCUCAAUGUUGCCAACAUUUGUGCCUUGCUGAAAGGUUGAAUUCAGGUGCAACCAAGGGAAUAGCCCCAUCUCUGCAGAGCUUUGCACUAAGGGAAUGGGGAACUUGCAUCCUAGCUUCGAAUAGCUGGGGGCAAAGCCGCAAUCACUUCACCAUAUAAAUGUCUUGCAGGCUGCAGCUGGUUGAAAAGAGUUCUCAUCCUUUCUUGGUGGCCAUUUUCUUGGUGGCCAUAUUGGCAAGUCCUGUGUUUAGUUAAUCUUUUUCAAAUGUUACUGGGUAAAUACAGGCAAUACUACACAACACACAGUUGUUGCUGUUUCAUGCGCUUAUGUGGCACACUCUACGCUGUUCUUGCGAUGCAAAAGUCCAUUGAAAGCUGUGCUGCAAGUGUUCUGUGCACCUAAACCAGAAUUCUGCCAUUAGAAAUGGUCACAAAAGCGUUGCCUAAAGGGCUGCUGUAGCAGUCCUCUUCUCCUGCAAGGAGCACCAGCACCAUGUUCUGUGUGUCCUAUCUUUGGAUGCAGCACACUUGUGUAUCUGUCUUUUUUGGAAGACUCCUUUUCAAAUAAUGGUACAAACGUACUCCUGUUGAGUGCACAAUCUUUAAAGAGCUAGAAGGCAGAAUGAUAGAGUGUAACAGUGCUGCAUUCUUAGAGACCUCUUUAGGGACACCAAAACCAAAGUAUAAAGAGGAAUUAUCCUUGGUUGGUGGGAACUGAUUAAUACUCCAAAUUCAUCCUGCUCAGUGGAAUUGAAUGUUUGUUUUUUCUUUGGGAAGCUUUACAUUACAUAUUGCAGUAUGGAUUCCCAAUAUAGGAUUACUUCAGGAAACGGGUUCUGUAAAUCAGAAAUGGCAUUCCACAAAUUGUUCUUGAAAGAGAAGAAUUGCACAAUUGCUUUUAGUUGUUAAAUUGCUUUAGUCUAUUUACUUCAUUAUGAAAAAUUCAAAUAUAGAAGAGAUCCUAGAUUAAUACUGGAAGAAAAUAUUCACUAUAGAUUUCUGGAUAACUGUGUAACAAGAUCUACCUGCAUUUGAACAAUGGCCCUGAUCCUGCAAGGCCCCUGUAUAUGAACUUCAAUGGGAGUUCCACAUGCAGAGAGACUACUGUGUUCUCCAUAUAAGGCCUGACUCUGCUCCGCUUAGUGGGGCAAAACUGCCGUUGACACAGCAAGAUGUGCAGAAUGAGGCCCAAAGAGGCCACUUUACUGUGUGUGGAAGUUGAUGUGCGCAAUCCUUUCACAUAGCUGCUGACCUGGAAUAGUCAGCCACUUCACUAAGUGCAUACAAUGCCAGCAAGUCUUUCAGAAAAGUUCCGCACACAGAGAAAGUGUUAGUUUGUAACUGCCUGGUCCCAGAAGUUUUUAAGCAAGGCAGGUGUAAGGAACACAUCUGGCCUUUGUGUUGCUGCUGUGUCUUAGCAAUGUUGUACAGCACUCUGGAAACUAACUAACUGUUUUUGUAUUUUCUAAGUUAGCUGUAUGUAUUUUAUAUGUGGAACAAGUUUAAAUAAAAUUUCAAACUUA